AUGUCAAUUCUUGAUCCCAUCAUCUAUCCCCAUUUGAAAGUGAGCGUGCCUUCAUUUUUAAUAAAAACUUACGAAAUAUUGGAAAAUGAAUCAUUAUCGAAUCUCAUAUCCUGGAACAAAGAAGGAACAGCCUUUAUUGUAUACAAUCCACAUGAGUUGUCAUCAAAAGUUUUGGCCAACUAUUUUAAACAUAAAAAUUAUCCUAGCUUUCUAAGAUAACUAAACAUGUACAAUUUUAAAAAGACUAGAAAUCAAUAUGGAUCUAGUGAAUUUAGACACAAGUGGUUCAGGAAGGGCUAAAAAAACAUGAUCCAAUAUAUCAGACGUAGAAAUCAAGAGGAAUCAGAUUUAAAAAUAGAAACUAUAGAGUAAAAAAAUCAUGAGCUUGAUUAUUAUAAAUAAGAACAUGAAAAUAUGAAAAUUUUGCUCCAAGAUCUUCAAGAGAGCCAUAAAAAUAUGUAAAUGAAUUUGUCUAAAUCCAUUGAUUAGUCAACUUCUUUAAAUAGAUAAAAUUUUAUCACUCUGCAAACAAUUCAUUAAACAUAAUUAGAAUUCAAUAAAAAGUAUGAUUAUGUGACCAUCAUGCUCACAAAUGUCUUGGCCAAUCUUCCAAACAUAGGUAUGAUCUAUAAACUUUAAAAUACAGUAACAAAUUUCAAGGAGAUAAUCAAAGUGUGUUAGGAAGAGACAAAUUUCCAACAGACUUUACUCUCCUUAGAAAAUGGACCUCCAUCCCAAUAUCCUUAAGUUUUGCCCUAUAAUCAAUACUAAUUUUAUAACCAAAAAUAAUAGCCAUGUAUAAUGUGUUGA